ACCGCAUGUCACACGCACACAAUUUUACAGAGACAGCUUGUUAUGUGGGCUCUGAACUGGGUGUUAUUUGAGGGUUUUUUAAUGGUAAAGUUUGUCCAAAUGUAACAAAAUAAUUCUUUUUCUAUGUUCUGGGAGAGAGAGAGGUGGGUUUUUGGGUAAUUCGACAAAGUGGUAAGGAGGAAAAAUACAAGAUUGCCCUUAAAACCAAACCAUAACUUACCUUGCAGUUAAAGAAUCUUAAUGUUUUUGUACAUCUUUGUUGUAAGGUUCAAUAGAUUCAUUAAAAGGUUGUAAUGCAUGUAGCCUAAGUGUGCCUCAAAAACGUCUCAUGUCAGUAUAUACCGGACAAACAAACAAUGAUUUCACAUUGUCAGUAAAAGCCUCUGCAGCAUAGUUUCAAGUUAAUCAGUAAAAACUUUUUAAGAAGGGGAACAAUAAGUGCGCUCUUACUGCACUCACACACUGUAAUACAUCUGCAUAUUUGGAUAUGAUAGGAUUGUUGAACGGAGCCAGAGACUUUCUGUUGACUUUACCAAGUGCUAAGACGUGAACACAUUCAUACAUUCAUACACUCUAAAAAUACACCCUCCAUACACACACACCUGCACAACAAAAUAACCGACUUCUGAGCUUCAACCUCAAAUAAAAAGAACAAUUUUCCAAGUGGAUAGUCCUGGACAACGCUGAGCUCAUCACUAGAAUAACUUACUUUCAGGUGUGUGCGUGAUGGAUCUCAGUCAGAGCAUGUUAUCUCACCUGAAGGCUUCCUGUUCUGUGUGCCAGAGGUUGAUGCUGCAGUCUUGUUUGACCGCAGCUAUUGGGACUUUGCAGAUCAUGGUAGGCGUGUUCAACAUUGGACUCGGUCCGGGGCGAACGAGCACAGUUCCUGGAGAUUUGGCCAGUUUGGGAGCGGCUUACUGGCUGGGUGCUGUGUUUAUUGUAACUGGAAUCAUGUCCAUUUUGGCCGGACGUUUCCCUUCUCGUGUCUUGGUGGGCUUCACUGUGUUCAUGAACAUUGCUGCAGCCAUCUUUGCCAUCACCGGCAUCGUGCUGUACGCCAUAGACCUGAGGGGCGCCUCCUUCCUCUGGAUGUGUGAUCGCAGAAAAAUCGCUGCUCAUCAUUUUCAUGAAGACAACUGCAGGAAUGUGGCGCUCCGUGCUCAGACUGUGCUGACGUCCAUGGACACCACGAUGAUCGUCCUGGCUGUGCUGCAGCUCCUUGUCAGCGUCGGACUUGCUUUUCUGGGCAUCAAGGCUUUGAUCGGCGAGAUGAAAAAAGAACAGGGGUGCACAGAUGCAGGAGAUCAGCUGCUGUUGAAGAAAGUCCUGCAGACCUUUCCUGGUGUUAAAGAUAAUUUCAUCUAAACAUGUCUGUGGAUCAGUUCAUUCUUUGUUAUACUUUUUCCUUAAAAAAAUAAAAUAAAGACUGCAAUGGA